CUGAAAAUCUUGGGAUAAUAAUGUAUCAAAAUUAAAAUAACAUCGCAAAAGCUUACAGAAUUCAACACUAUUUACUAUUUAGAUUCCAUUGGUGUCAAUGUGUCAUGUUUCUUUUCAUCUCUACUCUAAUAAACAGCAGCCUGUUUUGACCAUUUCUGCAAUCAAUGCCAUUUGGCUUCUGUUUCACUGUAUUAUUGUUAAUUAUUGCUAAUUAUUUACUGUUUCAUUGUAUUAUUGCUAAUUGUAUAUUACUAAAUGUCUUUUUGUGGGGUUUACUUGAAUUGGCUAAAUUUGAUAUUUUGUCAUCCGGGUGUCACUCUGUUUCCACUUUUUUGUCGGUGUUGAUGAAAAAGUUCUGAAUUUUAUCAUAAUUCUCAGCUUAUGGGAUGUUUUCUUGAAUUCAUAUAAAGAAUCUUGAUAUGGGUUUUGGUCAAAAUAUGUAAACUUGUUUCAGUUUUUGUAAUGCAUUUUGGAAUUCUUGAAAAAAAUGGCUACUUUGGUUCCUGGGGUGUUGCUAAAGUUGCUUCAAAAUAUGAAUACAGAUGUAAAAGUUGGAGGUGAACAUCGAUCAUGUUUAUUGCAAGUAGUGAGCAUUGUGCCUUCUUUAGCUGGUGGCGAUUUUUUGAAAAAUCACGGUUUUUAUUUAAAGACAUCAAGAAAAUGGGCAGGUGGAAGGAUGCCAUCUAAAGAGGGAAAUAAUAAAGUAACUUCAUUCGUGAAGUCAUCAAAAGAGGAAAACAUGGUUCGAACGCCUGCAAAGGGAGUAACUAAAGUUGAAGAUAUAGUUAAUCAUGAUCAUUCAAGUAAGCAAAAGUUAUCAUCUGAGAGAAAAUUAUCGUCGGAGGUUUCUUUUAAAGGAUUACCAGGAAACAUGAUGAAGGUUUCUCUUAGUAAUAAGAGAUUAACAGAUGUAAAUGGUUCUUUGUCUUCACUCCCUUUUCCUAUCUCAAAGAUUGGUAAGGAAGUCCUAAAGCAUAGAGAUUCUGCACAGAUUGCUGCUGUGGAAGCAUUGGAAGAGGCUUCAGCUGCUGAAAGCAUACUUCAGUGUGUAAGCACAUAUUCCGAGCUAUGUUCGUCUGCAAACGAAGCCACCCCACAGGCAACUGUGGAACAGUUCUUAGCACUGCAAGUUAGCUUGAAUAGUGCUUAUCAGAUUGCUGAAUCUCUAUCGAAAGUUAUUAGUCUUGGUUCACCAUCAGAUUGUGAUAACCCAUUAGAAGAACACUUAAAGGUGGAAACAAACCGGCACAAGCAAGCAAAUCUAUGGGUUCAUGCUGCCGUAAUAACCAACUUAUCAUCUUUCUUAGUGUACAGCAAAGCGUCGCCAUCUUAUUCCCUCCAUAAGCCUACACUUGUACUCGAGGGAUCUACCAAGACCACCCCAACUAAAUCAAAAGUCAACUCAAAUUUGAGGUCAACAGUUAAUCCAAAGGCAAGAGCGCCACCUCCAAACAAAUGGGAGAAAGGAGCUUGUCUUGAAGAGAUAGUACAGCUGGCAAAAAUGCUACAGAUGGAGUCACAAGAAUGGUUCAUGGGGUUCAUUGAAAGAUUCUUGGAUGCCGAGGUAAGCCCCUGCAUGUCGUCUAAUAAGGGUAGGAUUAGGAUAGCGGGUAUGUUAACUCAGCUCAAGAAUGUUAAUGAUUGGUUAGAUAAGGUUGGAACUAGUAAAUAUGAAGGAGAAACUUUUCCUUUCUCCACAGAGAGAAUCGAUCAUAUAAAGAAGAAGAUAUUUGAUCAUCUUCUUACACAUGUAGAAUCCGCUGCGACUGCACUUGGUGGAAGCUCAGCAUCAGUGAAAAAUGAAAGCAAAGUUAAAAGGUAAAUGAAGUUUUUCUAUCUAUAAAAGAUUUGUAUAUACAAGCUCAAGUGUUUAAAAGAUUGUUGAGUGUGUACAUGAAGUGUUCAUAUAGCUGAUUACAGGGGGAAAAAAAAACAAAAUACUUAAAAGUCAGGUUUGUUAAGAUUUUCGUCUUUCUUUUUUUCUUUUUUCUUUUAUAACUUUUGGGAUACAAAUAUUGGACUCAUAUGUAGAAGAUCAAGAAUUGGUUGUUCUUGUUACAUGUAGCAAUUUUUAAUUGUCAUGAUUGUAAUGAA